AUGAGCCCUGCGAUCCCACCAUCACCGGCGUUUCCUCGCUUCUCCGACCUGCCAGCGGAGCUUCAAGUAAUGGUCAUAGACCAAGCUCUCAUCGAAGAUAUGAAGCAACGCAAAAACAAACUCAUAAUUCGUCUCCAUCGAUACCAAACCCCCAAAGAGAAGAACAGCGACAAACUCAUGACGAGCACACCUCGCCCUAUUGUUCAACUCCCCAAGCUGCCAGCCGUUUACCACACCAGCCGCCUAUUUCGCGCAGAGGCACUCCGCAUCCGCCCGAUCCACCAGCUUCUCGCAGACAACGGGCUCAAAACAUUACUUUACCGUCGCGGAUCCAUGGUCGUCUUUGACCCGGCGCGCGAUACAGUCGUGCUCAACCUCCGCAACCGCAGCCCAAGUGGCUUAAUGCUCGACGCAUUACUCGACAGCCUGUUUGUCCUAGCAAAAGGAAUCUGUCGUUCGCCUAGCCUCAAAUGCGUAUUCAAGAUAGGCCCGAAGACACAUGGUCGGGCGUCGGAGACAAACGGACAGGUCGUUGGGAGCGCACUUCGCCAUCCGCAGUUUCCAUCUCGUGCUACGGCUACGUUGAUGAGGGAGAAGGGGAAGCUGGGGAUAUGGCAGGUGGCUGUGGAUUUCAAGAUGCGGUGA